CGGACUUUGACUUUUGCACCGACGACGAUGGCGGCAAAGGCUGGUGCCAUCGCGUUCGGCUGCGCGCUGCUGCUGGGCACAAGCACGACCCUCUCGUCCAAGUUUAUGUAUGGCAUCCAGAGCGUCGGCCUCGAAGCGACGCCCAAGCCCUUCGAGAAGCCGCUCAUGCAAACGUUCUUCAUGUUUGUGGCCAUGGCGCUCGCGCUGCCCGUCUACUUUGUCUACCAGCUGUGCCUCCCAAAGGAUAAGCGCCAGCAGCUCCGCCUCGACGCUGCGCUCAAGCUCUGCAUUCCCGCGGCUGCCGACCUCGUCUCGACCGCGCUCAACUGCGUCGGCUUGCUCUACGUCAAUGUGAGCUUUUACCAGCUUGCGCGGUGCACGGUCAUCAUCUACGUCGCGUCGCUCAAGGUGCUCUUUCUGCACUUUGUCAUGACGGGCUACAUGCGCCUCGGUAUCGCAAUCAACGCGGUCGCCAUCGUUGUCAUUAGCGCGUCGGCGCUUGCCGGCACGGAAAACCUCGGCGACACGAUCAUUGGCGUCAGCGUCAUGCUGCUCGCAUGCCUCUCGACCGCGCUGCAGUACGUAAGCGAAGAGUACUACAUGAAGAAGGGCGCCAAGACGGCCGGUGUGACCGAGGUCUCGAACCCGCCCAUGGUCGUCAUUGGCAUGGAAGGUCUCUGGGGCUCGCUGCUCAUGCUCGUGCUUGUCCUGCCGCUCGCGUACGUGCUUCCGGGCGCCGACAACGGCCGCAUCGAAGACUUUUUCGACUCGAUUGAGAUGAUGACCAACAGCGCGUCGUUGCGGCAGGUCUGCGCGCUCUACAUCGUCUCGAUCACGGGCUUCAACAUUGCGUCCAUCUACGUCACGUACUUUCUCGACUCAGUGUGGCGCUCGAUCCUCGUCAACUUUCGCCCCGUCGCGGUUUGGCUCGCGAGUCUCUUUACGUACUAUGUCGCGACGACGCACGAGUAUGGCGAGCCGUGGACGCCGUGGAGCUGGCUCCAGCUCGGCGGCAUGCUCCUCCUCUUUUACGGCACGGCCGUCUACAACGCCAACGUCCGGCUUCGCUGCUACGACUACACACCGCCGAUCGAGAGCGGCAAGGUUGGCGAGAAGCGCCUCAGUGUCUCAGCGGCCUCGAGUGACUCGGAAGCCGAGCCCGAGAAGAUCCCAACCGCCAAGUCGAACGACACGGUGCACAUGGUCUGAACAAAUAUAUUGUGUUUGUGCUCUCGA